AUGGCCAACGGUAAAGAAAAACGAGCAAAUGGAUUGGAACUGCUGCGGCUCAGCGCCGGGAAAAUUAUACAAAGUAUUGCAAUGGAAAAGGAAAAAGACUUGAAUUUAAACAAUAAGAGCGAUAAGCUGUUUCAUCUUACUGCCCACUUAAUGAGAGAACGAAACAGUGUCUUUCUUCCCAAAUUUGGAAUUUUCGCUAACUUGGAGGAAAGAUUGAGACCAGCACGAGAUGAAACUGGAAGGGACUUGCAGCCAGUCGACUUAAAAGUUUUAAGACGCAAACGAUCUCGUGAUAAUGUUGCUCAACGCAGAGAUUCUGUGGGCAGCCGCAGUCGAAAGAUGUCGGGAGAUACAUCAGGUGAUGAAGGCAUCGUUGAUAUUUUCCGAGAAGUUGAUGGUAAUAAACGUUCAUUGCGAUCUCGAGCGGCCAAGAUCGUCCAUGCUGCCUUGUGGACUAAUAACAGACGGGAUUCGAGUACAUCUCUCCAUAGCGAGCAAUCUAAACCCAGUUUAAAGCGGCGUCCUAGUGUAAGCCAAAUACCCGAAAACAUGAACAGUAUUGAUAAGAUAGCUUUUCUUAGAAAAAACGUACAUUUUAUAGAAAAGAAAUUUAAAGCAAUUGCUCAAAAGCAACGACACGUAAGCGGAAACGGAGACGACAAUGUACCGAAUAAUGGAAUGGAUCUGAUGCCAGAUAUUGCUGAAUACCGUCCUUCCAGAUUCGAAGAACCAGGUUCGGCAACCAAGUUGUUCAAGAAAUACGCCUCCAUUAUCAUCAUCAUUCACCAGUGGUUCCAGUUAUUAUUAAACAAUAAUAAAUGUAACUGGGAAAAAGAAUUAAAAACGUUUGUGGAUCUGGCAGUAAAUAUUGAGGAAAAUAGUACACCAGAACUGAUGAAGAAAUCGGGCUUGUCAUUUGAUAAAUCAUAUUUCAAAACCAAUAAAGAGAUUUCACUCAGUGCGGAAGUAAGAAAGACGCUGACGACUCGACCAUCAGCUCGUAACCCCGACAUGUUGAAACAGGUCCUCCUCGGCUUGCAGAGUCUUCAUUCCCUAGGAGAAUACCCCGUCAAAACACAGGAGAACAUAUGCCAAGUUGCAUGGUACCAAAAAGUUCCAUCAAAGAAAGCUAUAAUUCGCCAAGGUCACAUAUCAGAGAACUUCUAUUUUGUACUGAGUGGAACUGCCUUUGUAAAGAAAAUAGUAGAAGACCCUGGCAAUGGCGACCCAGUGUCAACUACCGUGGCUAAACUAGUUAAAGGACAAAGUUUUGGGGAAGUGGGUUUGAUUUUUAACUCAAAAAGAACCGCUACAGUCGAGACGGCUACAGAGAUGGAAAUGCUUGUCAUAGAAAAAUCUGAUUUUUACCAAAUUUUUAUGAACAUGGAUAACCCAGAAGGAGAACCAAGUCACAUCAGUUUCUUGAGACAACAACCAUUGAUGAAAUACUGGCCGAUUGAUAUUCUGAGAGAAGAACCAAGUGCCUGUUUUCUUCAUUAUUUCAAACGGGGAGCUUUGGUAUCAGAAAAUGGUAAAACCAGCGAUUGGAUUUAUUUCAUAAAAUCGGGAACGUGCGAAGUGAUAAAAAGUUUGCGAGCGGUGAAACCUCAAGUGAAAAAAGACAAGAAAGCUGAUAUUAUGUUACCUGAGUUCUUGGCUGGAAGAUCAAUGCCGAUGAUAGAUUCCGGCGUAAGGAGGUCCAGGAGGUCUACAGUGGAUUCUGAAGUGUUUGAUGCUAUGGAAAAUUAUUAUAGUGAUGUACAUAACCAAGUAGUAUCAGUGAAGACCUUGCAUCUUCCCAACAUCAACAAUAACAAACAGGUUCAGAUAAUGAUCACUUCCCCUAGAGACCAGAACGAGAAAGAAGAAGAGAACAUGGCGGUGUUUCAUCUUCCGGUUGCUAAACCAACCAGAUUGUCUGGAUCUGCUGGCGUUUCCAGAAGUAAAUUUGACUCUAAGUACAGCAGAGUGUCAGAAAGUCACAGUCAAAUUCCGAGACCGUCAUCUCUGAAAAAAACUAUCAGACCGAAGUCAACACCAGCUGUUCUGAAAUCAGAGAGGUCAGAAGAAGAAAAUAUCUUCGUAAAGGUUGAACUGCUUCAAGCCAAAGAUGUCUUCGGGGCGAACACAUUGAAAUUUGUGGACCACGAAGAAUCGAAUAUUCCCUCAGUGUCUUUAGUGAGCAAGGGGGCAGAAAUAGUCAUGUUGUCAAAGAGAAUGUUUUUAAAAUACGCAGACGAACAGGUCCGAAAUCACGUGCAAACAAAGAUUCGUUAUUAUCCAAUGGACGCAACUCUACAAGAAAAUUUACAGACCAAAGUAAAUUGGGAGCAAUAUAGACAAACUGUACUUCAGGACACCUUACAUAAUCAUCGUAAAUUAAGGUUUAUGUCAGGAUACGUUUAACUGUGAACAUAUUUCACUUUUGUUCGUGAGUCAUUUCGUGCACUUAUUGUUAGUCCUAACUAAGGACUCCCAAGAAUCAGAAAUUGCACAAACCUGGUCUGAGACAGUGGCGGCGCCAGCCUGCCGAGACUAGGGGUACAAAUAGGGGUAGACUGACUCAACGGAGGACAACUGCAAAAGCAGAAUUCAAAUUUUGGUUACUCUGUGGUGGUGUCAUAGUCGCAAGCCUCACAUAGAGCGUCUUAAAGGGUUCUCUCAAGAAAAUUUUAGAAAAAAUGAAUUGAUAUUGUGCAUUCUGACACAUAUUUUGGAGAAAAAAGGUAGACAUUUAGAUUUGUUCAAAAUAAAGUGGGGGUACAAUUGGGGGUGGGGGUGCCUCCCCUGUACCCCCACUGGCGCCGCCACCUCUCCGAGACCUCCGUAAUUUAAAAUAUUGAUGUCUGGUGGAAAGGUAUCAAAAUUGGGCAAUUUCGAGAAUAAAGAUUCGUCAGUAUUGUGUGAUUCGAUAUAUUGAUGAACGCAUUUUUAGGACGUCAAAAUAUUUCAAACUAUGUGUAAUAUGUUUCUUGUUAGUGAAUAUCGGACCAUUAGUGUAUUGUGAUGUUUAUUUUUCUAAUAAAAAGUGUUU